AUGAACAAGUCUGAUACCAAGUCGCUUACCGUCUGGUUGACCCCUUCCGGCCCCAAUCCAUGGAAGGUUGUCCUCAUCCUCGAAGAACUCCAGGUUCCUUACGUGAUUGAAUCCUUCAAGUUCAACGAUGUCAAGGAGAAACCCUACACCGAUAUCUGCCCCAACGGCCGUGUCCCUGCGAUCGUGGAUCCCAACACCAACCUGACGCUCUGGGAGUCCGGCGCCAUUAUCCAGUAUCUGGAGGAGGUCUACGACACGGAGAAGAAACUAACCUAUGACUCGCUUACCGAGCGACAGCUGCUGAACCAGUACCUUCAUUUCCAGAUGAGUGGCCAAGGGCCCUACUUUGGCCAGGCUGGAUGGUUCAACGUUCUGCACCCCGAGAGAAUCCCCUCCGCCAUGGAGCGCUACAACAGCCAAGUCCACCGCUUCCUGGACGUGCUAAACACAUGUCUUGAAGGCAAGGCUUGGCUCGUUGGCGAUAAAUGCACCUACGCUGAUUUGGCAUUCGUGCCGUGGAACUGUCGGCUUGAGAUGCUGUUGCAGACACCCCCAGAUGAGGACCCACUGGCACAAUACCCCAAUGUGCAGGUUUGGCAUAACCGCAUGGUUUCCCGACCUUCAUGGAACCGCUGCAUGGAGGUUCGAGACAAGCUCAUGGAUGAUCAGGGCCUGACGCCCAAAGGCAUGCCCAAGGGGAUAAACAAUAUCAAAGAGUAUGAGGAUCUUAUUGCUCGGGAAGCUGCCGAGAAAGAGAAAUAG